AUGCAGAGGGCAUCACGCGGGCUUGACACUCCAGCUGGCACGAUCAGCCAGAAGCUAGCUACCGAGAAGCUUUUCGAGGAAUUUAUUAUCUUCGAUGAUAUACAUAGAGCGCAUAGCGAUGAUGCUAGUCUACCUACUCAAAACUUUUAUUCAUUGCUAACAGCUUUUACAAUCUUCAUACAGACUCGAAAAAGUAACAGAGCCCAUGCUGCCGACGGAUUACUGGCGAAUGCAACAGCUCUUGGCUACUUCUCACAAGAACGCAAUCUUCGCGCCAACGUUCAAACGAAUGACGCCCCAGGGUGUACAAUUGAUGAUUUGUGUGGACUAGUGGAAUUUCUCGUGACUCAUGCCGAUGUGAAAACUGGUCUAAAGUCUGUGCAUGAUGCUGCGCUUUUGACAAUGAUGUGGCAUACAUUUGGGCGGGCUAUGGAUACAUGCUUCCCACGCAAGCAACAACUUUCAAUUGCCGCCUCUGGAGAGCUUUUCCUGCAUAUCGCCCGGAUUAAGACCUCGGUUGUACAGGGCGUGUCAAUUUAUAAGUCACCCGAGCGCUGGCAGCAGUGCAUGCUUCAUGCGUUUGGCCUGUUGUUCAUAUGCUACGAUGUACCCUCUGAACACCACUUCCCCUUGGCCCCACGCUUUUCUGAGUCGGACCUUCCUGGAGGCGAGCCUUAUUCUCAGGAAGAAGCCACCAUGUACUGGGAAAGGCUGCAGAAAGAGGACGAACCCCCGCAGAAACGAGAGAGAAAGCGGCCAAACAUAGCAAGUUACAUUACCGAGCUCAUUAGGGAUACCUUGAAGGCGAUGCUGCCUUCAGCGAGCCAACGUAUUACUUCGGGGAUGACCAGCCAUUCUCUUCGCCGCGGUGCUGCUGCUUACGCGAACGCAUCGCCGAAGCUGGCAAUCCAGUGGUUAUCCACUCGAGGCGCGUGGCUGCUGGAAUCUUUGACGAAAGCAUUUGCCUAUAUUGGGACAACUUCAAAAGAAGAUCAAAGUGUGGCUAAAGUCCUGGCAGGGUUCCAAUCUUCAGACUUACCCGCGACAACGCCGUCUAUUCAUGACCUGUACCAGCGACCCUCUGAAGCUGAGUAUGGACAGCUCAUGGCACUGCGCGACAAGCUGUACCGCCAUGUGGCUUUCACGAUCCUCGAUUUAACAUCGCGUUGGACGUGGUCGAUGUGA